AGGCAGCCGCGGCGCAUUCGAACGGAGAAUUAGGGGUGCCGCGGGAGGGGCCGUCUGUUGGCUACGGAGGAGGGCAGAUCCCAUGGCGACACAUUUUGCUUUAUACUGCAGAGAAAGCAUUAAUCAAAUGUGUUUUUCAGGAAGACAGUGUACAAGGAAGUUUUAGCUCUGCAGCUACAACUUGCUUGAUUCCUCAAUGCCUAUCUAUACUGUUCCAAAGGGAAACCAUAUUAGUGUGGCCCGUUCACAGAAGCAUGCUGCAGAAAAGUCCUGUGUCAGGGACAGAGUUGGACAGCAGCUUCCACCCAAUGUGUCAGAGAAUGAGAGAUGCAAUCCAGUUUCACAGCCCCUGGCUAAGGAACUGAAUGCCACCUUUGUGCUUUCUGCCUGCAACAGGCCGGCUAAUGCAUCUACCCCCGGAGGCAAGUGGACCCUCCAAAAAAGGACUGUGACAAGCCAAGGACAGUCUGUUACAACAACAACAUGUGAUGGUGAAAGUACACAAACAGAAACAAGGUUGAUAUUGCAGCGCCGUCUGAGGACUGGAUCAGCUGAGAAGCAUAACACAAAGGGAACUAAUGAAACUGGAGCAGAAAACUCAGUGUCUCUACCAGGGAAAGCCAAUACAACUUUAUUUGCAUCAAAGGCUAACAGUAGGGAGUCUCCCUUUCUGAAGAUGGGCCUUCAACCACUUAAAGGCUGUAGGGAUGAAAAGACAAAUCCUGAGGUGAAAAAUCAUGUGCAGGUUAGCCAGAGCGGUUCAACUGAUGCUGCUAGCUUCAAACCUCUGAAACACAGGAUAGCUGUUGCUGAUUUUCAGAGUCAGAACAAGGUCCCUAGAUCGUUGUUUUUUGCAACAGCAAAAACGGAGGAUAGGAUAAAAUGGGCUGAAGAAUGCCGUGUCAGUAAGGAAAAUGGAACGGAAAGGCUGCAAAGCAGAUUUCUUAAAGCUGAAAAUUUGGAAGGGCAGAAGACGCUAAGGAAAGGUCCAGUAGAAGGAGUUAAAUGUACUCCCAAAUGUGGAUCUGUUCAGCAUGCUAAGAGUCCUGCUGCCUCCAGUGAGAAGAAUAAAGCUCUGUCUCUUGAAGCAAUAUCACAAAAGAAAGCUAGUACUUCUAAUGCAUCCAUUCUAAGUAGUAAAAAUGGAACUGUGCCAGAAAAUGCAAGAUACGUCCCGCAGUCUUCUUUCCUAAAAGAAGAUACUCCAAUGCCAAACACGUACAUUAACGAUGAUCCUUUCAAGAUAGAAAACAGUAAAGUGACAGUAGCUGUGAGAGUCCGUCCCUUUAGCAGCAGAGACAAAAAUGAAGAAACAUUCCAGAUAAUUUCCAUGAUUGGACAAGAGACUGUUGUGCACCAUCCUAAUACGAAACAGAUGUACAGCUUCACCUUUGACUUUUCAUUCUGGUCUAUCAGUAAGAGUAAUAACUUUGCAAGUCAAGAGACGGUAUAUCGGUCCUUGGCCAUUCCUCUUCUAGAAGGGGCAUUUGAAGGAUACAACACUUGUCUUUUUGCCUAUGGACAGACUGGCUCUGGAAAGUCAUAUACGAUGAUGGGAUUUGAUGACAAUGAACGAGGAAUAAUCCCGAGAUUCUGCGAAGAUCUUUUCACGCGAAUAAAAGAAAGAGAAACACAACAGACCUCUUAUCAUCUUGAAAUGAGCUAUUUUGAAGUUUACAAUGAAAAAAUUCAUGAUUUGCUCGUCUUCAGUCGUGAAAAUGGACAGGAGAAACAACCGCUUCGUGUAAGAGAACAUCCCGUCUUUGGCCCCUAUGUGGAAGACCUCUCUGUGAAUGUUGUUAGUUCUUACUCUGAUAUCCAGCAUUGGCUCCAGUUAGGAAAUAAACAUAGAGCUACUGCUGCCACGGGCAUGAAUGACAAGAGUUCUCGAUCCCAUUCUGUUUUCACCUUGGUGAUGACACAAACAAAGACAGAUACUGUGGAAAAGGAAGAACAUCAACACAGAAUUAUCAGUCGCGUUAACCUUGUAGACCUAGCAGGUAGUGAGCGCUGCCGCACAGCUCAGACCAGUGGAGAAAGACGGAAGGAAGGUGUGAGUAUAAAUAAAUCCUUGUUAACUUUGGGUAAAGUUAUUACAGCACUAUCUGAACAAAACCAGACCAGGAAGAAGGUGUUCAUUCCAUACCGUGAAUCUGUCCUUACGUGGCUGUUAAAGGAAAGCUUGGGUGGAAAUUCAAAAACUGCUAUGAUUGCCACAAUAAGCCCUGCUGCCAGCAAUAUAGAAGAAACUCUUAGUACACUUCGGUAUGCUAAACAAGCAUGUUUCAUAGUCAAUGUUGCCAAAGUAAAUGAAGACAUCAAUGCUAAGUUAAUCCAAGAAUUGAAAGAUGAAAUUAAGAAGUUGAAAUUGGCUCAGAAGAACGCGCAGAAUCAUGACCCUGAAAAACAAAGACAUUAUGUUCAAGAAAUAACAUCCCUUCGAAUGAAGCUAUACCACCAAGAAAGAGAAAUGGCUGAAAUGCAAAGGGCCUGGAAAGAAAAAUUCGAGCAAGCAGAAAAAAAGAAAUUUGAGGAAACAAUGGAGUUACAGAAAGCAGGCAUUACAUUCAAGGUAGACAACAGUUUGCCUAACUUGGUAAAUCUCAAUGAAGAUCCUCAACUCUCUGAGAUGUUGCUGUACAUGAUUAAGGAAGGGGAAACUACAGUUGGGAGGUGCAAGGGAAAUUCACAUCAUGAUAUUCAGCUGUCUGGCAUCUUGAUUGCUGAUGACCAUUGCAUUAUCAAACACAUGGGUGGUGCUGUGAGUGUUAUUCCACUAGGGGAAGCGAAGACAUACGUGAAUGGGAAAUGCAUUUCUGGACCUACAUUUCUACAUCAUGGUGAUCGUGUCAUUCUUGGAGGAGAUCACUAUUUUCGCUUUAACCAUCCAGGAGAAGUUCAGAAAGUAAAAAGUCUGUCUUGUGGGGCUUCGCUUGCAGAGGACAGUCCAAAAGGCUUUGAAUUUGCAAAAAAUGAGUUGCUGGCUGCGCAAAGGGCUCAACUUGAAUCAGAAAUAGAGGAAGCAAGACUGAAAGCUAAGGAGGAAAUGAUACAGGGGAUCCAGAUUGCAAAAGAAAUGGCCCAAGAAGAACUUAAUUCUCAGCAGAAAAAUUACGAGAGCCAGAUAAAAUCAUUAGAAGCACAGCUGGAGGAAGAAUCCUGUAGGAAACAGUUGCAGGAAAUGAAUAAUCAAAUAGCAGCAGACAAAAUUCAAGAGUUAGAGAAAGCCAAGCGAGGCCUUGAGCUGGAGGUACACUUCAACAAGAAGCGGCUGGAAAUGCAGACACUGACUGCCAAAGAGAUUUUAGAAGAUCAUGCAAUUCAUCAUGCCAGAAUUCUUGAAGCCCUGGAGGCUGAGAAGCAGAAAAUUGCUCAGGAAGUGCAAAUUCUUCAGCAGAGUACGGGAAACAGAAAUAAAGAGCCAGAUUGGAAUUCUUUGAAACUCUCCAUGAUGGUCAAAGAAGCCAACACUAUUAGCAGCAAAUUAGAGAAGCACACUGUCUUUUGUAGACAUGAUGCAAUGGGCAAAGAGAAUGGCACCGGCUCUUCUGUUCAAGUGCAGGUCCGUAAUCUCAGGCUGGGUGUUGCGACUUUUUGGAACCUGGAGAAAUUUGAAGACAAACUGGCUGCAAUGAAAGAAGUCUAUGAGACGAACAACACUAAAGAAGCUGAUGAUAUUUUCUAUGACCCCACUGAUGAAUGGGAACCUGAUUUUUUAAAUGUAUCUGUUUCUUCAGUUUCUACAAAGAGGAGAAGUAGAAGUCUGAGGAAAAGCAAGCGAAUUUCUGGAUGUUUGUCUGAGGUAAAGAUGAGACUACACCACUCAUACUUACCAGGCUCAACAAAUAAAUUGAUUAGCCAGAACUCAGAUCCACUGGAGUCAUUCCUGCCUGGUAUUUGUAAGGAUCUGAUUGCUUCAGCUUUGGAUGUUUUGGAACAGACUGAUGAAGAAGAGGAAAGCCUGGCUCAAAUCCUUUUGGAAACACUGUUCAUCAUUCAUUCUGGUGUCAUGGCUUUGAUUGAGGCUUAUGAGCAAGCAGAAGAAAGUCUAGAAAACUUUUUCAUUGUUGAUCAAGCUGCUCAGUCUUGCAGCAUAAGGAUUACCUCAGCUUUCAAGCAGCUUGUCAUUCUAGCCAAGCAUUGGCUGAACUGUUUCCGAGAAAAUGACGAAUUUGUGAAAAUCUAUGAUGAGCUAAGGGAAGAUGUAAAACAUUUAGGAGGGUAUCUGCAAUUGCUCUUGCAGGGUGGUGGUUCAGAUUUGUCAUCAGUGGUAGCAGAGGCCCAGAAGAAAAUAAUGCAGACUUUGAAAAACUUGGUAAAAUACAUAGGCCAUUUGGCAGCACUUACUGGCUCAGACCUCCAUUUUGGGAAAGAAAAUAAAGGUCAUUCCCGUAAUUCAGAGGUGGAGUUCAUAUCAAACAUCUGUGAUGGAAUGGAUGGAGGACUGGCACAUCUUUUAGACUGCAUCCAGAAAGCAUCCAAGAGAAUGCAGAAUGAGCUCUUAAAGUGGUACCCACAAAAUGAGGUUCAGAAUCAGAUAAGAGAUAAAGCUGUGGCUUUGGCUAAAUUCCUUGAAAUAAUUGCAUCUGAUUGUAAAAAUAAAGAAGUAACAAAUCUAUUAAGGAGAAAAGAAUCUAUUGGCCAGGAAUUAAAGAAAGCAACUGGUAAAGCUCUUGAAUUCUUGGAAUUGCGCCAUUGUCUAGAUCAAGUCUAUCGCCUGGUUACUUCUUCAUUGGAAGCUUCAUACAGAAAUGCAAGUCCACUCAGGUAUUUUGUGGAAAAGAUUUGCAUCUUAGCUGGGAAUUUUAAUGCUCUCUGCAAUCCAUCUACUUCAUCCAUUGGUUUGACAGAAGGUUCUGUCCGCAAAAUUUCAGAGCCUCUUGUGAACCAGAGCGAGUUGGAUUCUGUAGCAAAAUCUCUUAUUAUUACUUUUGAACUUGAACACAGAGAAAAUGCACUGAACUUUCAGGACGAUUGUAUGCCCAGUAUUCAUUCUGAAGCAAAGCAAUGUGGAAGAAGUGAAGCUACAACUAUCUGGAAGCAGGAAAAAAUUACAAACUGUAAACUUUGGUCUUUUCCUGGAGGAUUAAGAGAAUCUUCACCUAAUGGAAUACAUUGGGUUUAAAUUAUUGUGUAAAUUGUGGGAUACGAGGGAGGUACUGACUGCUAUGUUAUCAUCACAAAAAGAGAUCUUUCUGGAGAUUUGGGGUGAGAAGAUGUAGGGCUAGUUCAUAUGCCUGCCUAGCCAAGAUUUUCUUUCCAUGCCGAGUGUGGAGUAAAUGGGUGUGUUUCUCCUGUCCGUGCAGAGGAGACCUGAUGCUUAGCACCUAUACAUAGGCUUGUUGGCAUACAGGCUCAAGUCACUUCACAGGGCUUGUGCAAUGGAUAGGGGAAAGACUGCAAAUUACCUGUUGCAGAGAAGACUUGGCUCACAAAUGUCACAUACUUGUGGGAGUGGUGAGAAAGUUACCUUAGCUGUUCCUUCUGCCACAAAAGGACAAUACUCAGCUUAGUGAGGGUGCAAAUUGGCUUCAGGGUUUUGUAGAAACAUUAUGUUCACAUCGGAAUAAAAUUAGUCCAAAAUGAACAUUUUGAGAUAUGUGACUGGCUAGAAAAUGGAUUAAAAUUUUUAAUUUAUUCUUCAUAGAUGCAGUAAAACUCACUUUAAAAAGAUGUGGCUCCACAGUGAAGGUCCCUUAUUGGUUUUACUGUUCAUAUUUCCUAGCGCUUGGCUUGGUAAAUGUUUAAUGAACUAGACAGAUGCAGUAUUCACUGCCUGUAACUAGGCCAAAUAUUUAAAGUGACAUUCUUUCCAUUCCCUUUCCUUGUUUAUAUCGAUCAUCUCUUUUAGCAGUAGACCCCACACCCUGGUCUCUGUUUGUCUUUUUCCAGGGUGAGGUGAGGGCUGCAUGAGGAGGGAGAUGGAAAGCUUUGACAUGGAUGUCUGGAUCAAAGUUGAGUAAAUUAGGCAUGAAAAUAAAAUUAUUUAAGCCUCUUCUAUUUAGCUCAGGGAAUGGGAUUUAUUUAUUUAAAUAUAUAGCUUGCCAACAAAAGUUGGAAAAAAUAUUGCUUAAUAGUCUAAUACAAAGUACAACAUACUUUGCUUAUCUUCCACUGGAAGACAUAAAAUUAUCCUUGCCCUGACACAGUUGUUGAGAGUUUUUUUUUAAUCUAUAGGCCCAAAUCCUGUUGCUUAGCAUAAUAAAUUACAUUAAAUACAUUAAACCAAUAGGGAUUUAGUCAGUCAGCCAGCUCUUGCACUGACUCAAAUGAACCAACUCUGUGACUUACUUUAGCAUAGUAAAUCAUAGUUAGAUUAGGACUAUUUGAAUCUACAGAAGUUAUGGAGGAGUUGCCUCUAAAUUCCCAUUGAUGCAUUGGGCCUACACUCUAGUGUAAUUUACUACACCAAGCAACAGGAUAUUGCUCAAUAAAACAAAAAUAUAAAGUUGGUUCUAACAGGUUUUGUGUAUCAGGAUUGACUAAAGCUUGAAAAUGUAGCUGCACCCAUAAUCGUGUUCUUUAUAUACUCAUGUACAUAUUUGCACAUGCAUGUCUGUGAAAUGCUUGUUUACAGUAGACACAAGCUGUAAAAUUUCAACAGAUAACAGGAGCUAAAGCAAAACAGAAAUAUUACUUACUGGUUCCUUUUUAAAAUGAUGAGACUUUGACUCCAUAUAAUAAAAGA